AUGUGGUCAAAAAAUGAGUCGUGUUUUGGUCUGGAUCCAAAUUGUUUAGAAGUAAUCAAUAGUCCUGUUGGAAAGUGGAAAGUACUAGAUGGAGCAGCAGUUACUAUUGCAGAUGAUUCAUUAAAUUCCAUUAAAAAAAAAGAUACUCCAGAUUCAAAAGUUCAAGUUAAACGCAAACUAUUUGCUCAAAGUGAUGAUGAUGAUGUGCUGGAGAAAAAUGCUGGUAAUAACAGUAAAAUUGUACGAUUGGAUACUGAAAGUUUUAAGCAAAGUCUUAUUGAACCUGCAGAUGUAGUAAAGGUGGAUGAUUUUAAUAGACUCAAUGAUUAUGUUAGAACAUCAUUUACCAAUUUAAAAUAUGAUAUUAAACAUUUGGUAUAUGUAUCAGAAUCAGUUAAGAAAAUGCUCGAAAAUGUUAACAAUAUCUGCUCAGAACUGGGUGUGACAAAAAACUCUAAUUUAACUGCUGUAUCUGUAUUAAAUAAUGAAAACCUUCCUAUAUCUAACGAAGAAACUAUAAACAAUUUUGAAAUGUUACUCGAAUCUUCUGCUUAUAGAGAUAAAGUUGUUUCAGAAUUAUCACUUUCAGUCGGAAAAACUAUUCCUGAAACCAUAAGACGCAUGAUGCAAAAACUAUUUGAUGAUGAUUGGUUACGCAAUUACUCCUAUAUUGGAUUUAAAGGCAAAAACAAAUUUUCUUCUUUGCACUCGUGUAAAAUAAUAUUUGAAGCUGUUCGAAGCUGUUCAAAGUUUGAAAAAGUUCCUGAUAUGGAAAUAGCACUUACAAUAAGCAAGUGGAUGGCUCAAGCAACUAAUCGUAUUACUAAAAAAACUAAAGAAAAAUUGUAAAUAACAUUAAAGUGUAAUGUUUUA